AUGGGGGAAGGCCCCAUACUUGGAUACGAGAAAAAUCCUCCAGGGGACGUCGAUAUGGCAAAGAAAAAUGCUCAAGAGUCCUACCAGAGGGUGCAGGAAGCCAAGGCAAAGUCUCGGGCCAGGUCCGGGGGUUCCAAGGCGGUCGUCUCUCCUCCUCCUCUUCCUCCUCCUCCUAGAAAUGUGGGUACUCCCUCUCAGCCUAUUGUUAUUUCCUCCUCCUCAAAUUUGGCUCGACCACUCCCUUCUGCCCAACCGUUCUCCGAGCCAGAGAGUAAGAAGCGCAAGACUUCAGAGUCUGGCCCUUCUUGGGAAGGUGGUGUUAGGGCGGAGGCUCUUGCCUUCGUCCGAAAGAACAUCUAUCCACUUAUUAAUAUGGAUGAUGUUUCUGUUCGGAAGCACCUUGCCACUCUGGCCGAAGAAAGUUUUAGGGCGGCGGGAGUUUGUGGCAAACUUCUGGACAUGUUUGAGAAGACUCCCCUCAGCUCCUUGGGUACUUCCCCAAAGGUCGAGGAGCUGGAGGAGAGGCUUCUUAUGUUUGAAAAACAUCAGAAGGAGUUAAAGGAGGAGAGGGAUAAGUUAAGGAAGGAGAGAGACGACCUCCGGAAGAAGGAGAGCGAGCUGCGAGCCCAAUGUACUAUGGAGGUAAAUUUAAGGAAGGCAGCCCAGGAGAGUUACCAAAGCCUAUUUAAAGAUAUGGUGGAGGUGAAGAAGGAUUUGCUGAACUCUCGGACUGCUUAUGCUGACUUGGAGGACUCUAUCGCCGAUGAGUCAGACCUAAAGACUCGGGGGCAGAGGAUUAUAGAGUCUCUUCCUCCUUCUAAAGAUGAUCCGAGUCCUUCCACUCCUGCUCCGACUUCCUCUUUGGCUCCUCCUCCCGGUCCUGGUGACGUUCCUCCUGGUGGUGGUGAUUCCUCUGCAGCUUCCAAGAAAUGA